AUGGUGAAUCUGAGGAAUGCGGUGCAUUCAUUCCUUGUGCACCUAAUUGGCCUAUUGGUUUGGCAUUGUGAUAUUUCUGUGAGUCCAGUUUCAGCUCUAGUAACUGACAUUUUCAAUACCUCCGAUGGUGGACGCUUCAAAUUCCCAGACGGGGUACAAAACUGGCCAGCACUUUCAAUUGUCGUAAUAAUAAUCAUGACAAUAGGUGGCAACAUCCUCGUUAUCAUGGCAGUAAGCUUGGAAAAGAAACUGCACAAUGCCACCAAUUACUUCUUAAUGUCCCUAGCCAUAGCUGAUAUGUUGGUGGGACUACUUGUCAUGCCACUGUCUCUGCUUGCAAUCCUUUAUGGUGUAUCAGUUCCUAUCCCAGUGAUUGGACUGAGGGACGAAGACAAGGUGUUCGUAAACAACACCACGUGCGUGCUGAACGACCCAAAUUUCGUUCUUAUUGGGUCCUUCGUAGCUUUCUUCAUACCGUUGACGAUCAUGGUGAUUACCUACUGUCUAACGAUUCACGUUCUUCGAAGACAAGCUUUGAUGUUACUGCACGGCCACACCGAGGAACCACCUGGAAUAAGCCUGGAUUUCUUGAAGUGCUGCAAGGGGAAUACCGCUGAUGAAGACAACCCCGCAAACCCUAACCAAGAUUUGAACCCACGCCGAAGAAAGAAGAAAGAGCGACGUCCUAGGGGCACCAUGCAGGCUAUCAACAAUGAAAGGAAAGCCUCGAAAGUCCUUGGGAUUGUUUUCUUUGUCUUUCUGGUCAUGUGGUGCCCGUUUUUCAUUACCAAUAUCCUGUCCGUUCUCUGUGGGAAGGCCUGUAACCAAAAGCUCAUGGAAAAGCUUCUGAAUGUCUUUGUUUGGAUUGGCUAUGUUUGUUCAGGAAUUAAUCCUCUGGUGUACACGCUCUUCAACAAAAUUUACCGAAGGGCUUUCUCCAAUUAUUUGCGCUGCAAUUAUAAGACAGAAAAGAAACCUCCUGUUGUUAGACAAAUUCCGAGAGUUGCAGCCACUGCAUUGUCUGGGAGGGAGCUUAAUGUUAACAUUUACCGGCAUACCAAUGAACCGGUGAUUAAGAAAGCCAAUGACCAUGAGCCCGGUAUAGAAAUGCAAGUUGAGAAUUUGGAACUACCAGUGAAUCCCUCCAAUGUAGUUAGUGAAAGGAUUAGUAGCGUGUAA